AAUGCAUUCAAUGCACUGUCGCACUGUGUACCUGAAAAUGCCGUGUAGUGUGUACCGACUACCAAGUGUCCCGACUACCGACAUUAGGGGCACCUGAUCAUGACGCUACAGAAAAUUGAAGUGAGCCGGAUGACAAAUGUGACGGCCACAUUGAUCGGAUGUCGGAUGGUAAAGGUCAUCGUUAUCAUUUUGGACAAGCGUACAAGGUCGGCUGCUGUCAGCACCUUAAAGAAAGACUCUCAGUUGCAGUACCCUGAUCACAUUUUUAAUCGUUUGGAAGGAAGUUGCCUACAUACGCUUCAUGACAUGAACAUCGCCAACGAGAUGCACGCUAUCUGUAAUUGACGUGUUGGGAAAAAUCAUAAUCAAGCGCUUUCCAGAAUGUGGUACAAUGGAUAGCAUAUUCGCUAACGCCAAAGUGGAAAAAUUAUGGUUAUUCGCACUCGUAACGACAAUAUGGAUUACUUUGAGCUACGCAAUUCCUGUGCUGCAUGUUGAUCAUACUGGGCCUGUGAUAACUACGGUGGGAUCGGAUGUGAAGUUAUCCUGUUCGGCCAGUCAAUGGACAGAUGGAUAUACGAUAACAUGGAGCAAAAACAGUACCGGUGAAGUCCUCACAAAAAAUCUGCAUAUCGUUGCCGAUCCCACCAAAUUCUCCAUUACAACGGUGACCAGCUCGGAAUUAGAAUCCACGACAUGGACACUGACGGUCAAAGAAGCGGCACAAUCGGAUUCCGGCGAUUACACGUGCUCAUUGAAAACCGAGCCACCACAAUUUGUUUCCGUUUCGGUUCUCGUGCAGAUACCCUUAACAUCCGAUCUACCAAAAGAGGUGGUGCGAUGGGAUGUCAGCGAUUGCUGUAUUAAUCGAAAUGUCCCCGGUCACUGUAUGCCUCUGUGCAACACCAUGUCCUCCGGGAUCGAUGUCCUCGGUGCACUGCGCACAUCGGAUCGCUGCCGGCAGCAUCAUGACCCCUGGUUCCGCUGUCUGGCCAAUGAACGCAACCACACACCGUGCUGCAAGCGCCUUCAUGUCCCCGACAAAUGCCUCGAUCUCUGCUUGGGGAAUUUCUCCACGGUCUUCCGCGAAGGCAAUCUGGACUGUCUGCAUUUUGUCGCGGUGAUCUUCAAGUGUUUCCACGAAGGUCGCGAAUCCAUUCCCAGUCCUCCGCGUAGCCUGCGGGUGGCACUCAUCGGGGUGGAUUCGCUCCGUGUCUCGUGGUCACCGCCGCUAAAACACGGCAAAGAAGUGAAUUAUACGGUUUUCUACAAGGCCAUUGGGGAGACCGAUCCGGGACUGCGGCGCGCGGGCGGUCUGACCAAAGCCAUGUCGACGAACGCGCUGGGUUUGAUUAUAACGGGAUUAGUACAGGGAGAGACGUAUAAAGUGCAUGUGGUGGCACUGAAUUCCGCCGGGUCGUCGUUGCCGUCGGAUAUCGCAUCGGUGGACAUUCAACGACCGGCACCCAAACCAACCGGACAAAACCUUGACGGUGACCUUACGCAAUACAACACCACCAUGGAUGCCCUGGCGACCUUGCCGGCGGUGGACAGCGCCGGCAGUACCGUCACUUCGGAACUGCUGUCCCUGACCGUGCUGACACCGCCGGCAAUGGAGAUGGCCCAGUUACAAACGACUGUCACUCAAGUGCCAGAUGAUCUGGUACUCUUUGACAAGUGCUUCGGCUCCGAGGAGUUUCGCACCAGUUGCUCGGAGGUACUGCGCAGUGGCGCGGGCGCGACAACCCGUAAUAACGGCCGGAAUAUGACGGUUAUACGCUGUCGGGAUUCCUUGCCACGGUUUUUGAGCUGUGCGGCGGACGAGGGCGAUCAUCGCAAGUGCUGUGCACGCAAUGCGGUGCCACAGCGCUGUCUGGAUUUGUGCACGGGCCAGCCCAGUGGGAUAUUCGAUAUCUGUCAUGUCUUCUUGCCACGCAUCUUAACUUGCUUCAGGGAAGGCAUUCUCUUCCUAACGAGCGAACCAAUCAGUGUCUCGGCCGAACUACGCGAAUCGCAGAUUACCGUCCAGUGGCAGCCACCGGAAACCAAUCCGGAAAUGGUCGAGCAGUACAUUGUGACCGUCGAAGACCGGAAAUCCGCUGAACCCAUCAAUCUAACCGUCCCGCGCGAUACCCACACCAUCAGCAUCGAUCCGCUGCCGCCGCUGGACAGUGAAUAUCUCAUUUACAUCCAGGCUGAAAAUUUUCACGGUCUCUCCCGCCGCAGCAGUUCCGUCAUCAUCAACACGGGCGAUCUCAACACCGUCCAGCAGCAGAACAUCCAACAGGAGGCCGCGGCCGGUCCCGGAGCCGGACCGGCCGUGGCCAUCGGCGUCAGUCUGGGCUGUGUGGCCAUCGUGGUCAUUAUUGUGGGGACGACGUACUGUGUCCGCCGGCAGCGGGCGGUCAUCACCCCGCCGACGGUGCCGCCCACGGAGACGCCGCCCGAAGAGAAACUGCCCAAACCGCUGAAUGCGUUUUACAUACCGGGAUAUUUUGGCAAGCGCGGGAUGUCCCGGCAGAAAGCCGGCUCGACAUCCAGUAUGUCGUAUGCGACGUCGUUCAGUCUGCGACCGCGGUCCAGUAAUUCCAGUGAGCCGGUAUAUUCCGACGUAUCCGGAGCGUAUUUGUGGAUGUUUGGCAAUGAUAAGCGCAUGUCACAGAGGAAGAGUCAGGGAUCGCAUCCGGCGUGUUCAAGACGGGCGUCGUCCGAGCAGAACAUUUAUGAUAAUAACAUUCCCAUGCGACCUAAUUAGUUGGUGUGCAGUGCAGUUGUCUUAUGGUUUUCGAUUUUUGGUAGUGGUAAUAUAUUUUCGUUUUGUAUUAAAGACAUUCAUGUUACA